AUGACGAGCAAUCUGGUAGAAUGUUUCAACAAUGUGUUGAAGGGUGCUCGUGCAUUGCCGGUGACUGCAAUAGUGGAGUACACCUUCUUCAAGCUUAAUGAGUACUUUCAGAGGCAUUCUGAAGAGACUGCAAAAUGGAUAGGCAUGGCUUCAUCCGGUUCCAGGACGAGGCCGCUGUGCGCGGACCAAGAGGACAUGCCGAAGACGUGGAUGGAGGCGAGUUUGGACAAGGAGAAGGAGAAGGAUGUGCCCACACCAACAUGUUGGUGUGCUGAUGUUUGCAAGCUGAAGGUGUCCACUGACCGCAACAAGUCAUGGACGGAAGGUAGAAGGUUUUUCGUGUGUCCCAACUAUGCACAUGAUCGUCGAAGGCCAACUAACGCAUAUGACAUACCACCGUCCCCUCCUCCACUUUGCAAGUACUUCACUUGGAUAGAUCACGAGGUACCAAAAGAUGUCCAAGAGGACCAACGUCAAGAUUGGUUACGGAGGCAGCGCCGAUUCGAGGAGUCCUAUGCACGGGGAUUGGAGCGGGAGCGUCGUGAGAAGGAGGCUCGUGAGCGCAAGAAGCGUGAGGAAGAGAGGGCACGCAAAGAGAAGGAGGCUCGUCAACAAGAGAGGGCAAGAAAACUUGCAAGGGCUCGCGAUGCACGAGAGGAGGACGAGGCACGUGACAAGAAGGGAAAGUGGCCCCGUAAUACUCAGUAG